AUGCCGGCCUCGGUGUCAGGCGCAACGAUUGGUUUGCACUAUGGCGAACUAGAAUUCCCCAGCGCACACUUGCUCCAGUUUAUCCUCUACGGCAAUGGUCACUACUUCUGCGAUGCCCGUGAGAGGGAUGUGGACUGCAUCGAGGACUACUACGAUGGCGAGCAAAACGAGCACGGCCUGGAGAACCUCGAUGAUGGGCAGAUGAGCAGUUGCUCUAUAGUGGCAGGUCCUCGUGGCUGCAGUACAAUGACAUGA